AGAGAGCCCAAUGGAGUCUUUUGAAGGACCUAGUCGGGUUAGCAAGGCUAACUUAUUAGAAGUCCCUACUGUAAACGAUUUCUUUUCUGAAGAUGAAGAUGUUAAACCUGACAUUAAACACCGUUUCUCUCCACUUCCCCGAAGGCGGAAUUCUGCUUCUUCAGAGGAAGAGGAGGCAGAUGCCCCCACCACCAUUGCAAGAAAAGUUUCAUUUGCUGAUGCAUUUGGGUUUGAUCUUGUGUCUGUUAAAGAGUUUGAUACCUGGGAAAUUCCAAAUAUAGCACAAAACAAUGACUUAGAAGACGAAGCUUUCCCUCAAGAGGAAUUUUUUUUAACUCAGCUAUUUACAUUACCUACUUCCCAAGAAGAAGUUUUGCAAAAAGUGCGAGAGCAUAAAGUACUGUUGGAGUCAAUUGUGUUCCUGCCUGGGAUUACCUGUAUGAACGGCAUUAUACGAGUCCUCAAUGUAUCUUUUGAAAAAUUUGUGUAUGUUCGAAUGACACUGGAUGAUUGGGUCAGUUAUUACGAUAUCCUAGCAGAGUUCAUGCCUAAUUCUUGUGGCAGUGAAACUGACCAGUUCUGCUUUAAGAUUUCUUUGGUGCCUCCUUAUCAGAGAGAUGGAGCCAAAGUGGAAUUCUGUAUACGAUAUGAAACAUCGAUUGGUACCUUCUGGGCAAACAACGACGACAAAAACUACACGCUGAUUUGUCACAAGAAAGAAACUGUGCCCAAGUUGGAUAAUAAACCACACAAAGAAGCUGCUGAUAGACAUCUUAAAGGCUGCUUAAAAACGGCACCAAGCAGCAAAGAAGAAUUAUUGGCAACAUCUGAUGGUGACAUAUGGAAUAAUUCAAGGACUUCAGAUGCAAACAUCCCAGAGAUUGUUUGUUCACAAGCAGAAGACAAAGAGAAUGCACCAGCUAAUGAAAAUAUAAAAGAUAAAAAUGCAGAAUACAACCAGGGUGAUCAGGAAGAUGAUGAAAAAGAAUUAGAGUUGCUGCUAAAUCAGCACUUCACAGGAGCUAAAGGUACCUCUUCCAGAGAUGAAAGGAAUUUAGACACAACAGAACCAGUUAAUUUUCCAAGUGAAACUGUAAGAUUGGAGAAAAAUCUAACCUGUGUAGAAAGAAGCAGUGACUUGCUAAGGCACCCAGUGCCUAUCAGUUCCUUAUCUGAAAAUACUUCACAAGUGAUAGGAGAAGAAUUAAAAGGUAAUGCUAAGUAUUCCAUAGGAGGUUAUAAUAGUCACCCGUCAGGAAAGGAAGUCUCUGCUGGCUCAGCAAACAGCAGCGAACAGUCUUGGGAUUCUACUGGUAUCAGUGAAACCCUUUCAUCGGCAAAAUACUUUCCUGGAACAAAGCAGAAUGAGGCUAUCAAUAUUGCGGCUACUGUCUCAAGCCGACAAGGAGAGAGCCACACAGAUAUUACAAGAUGUGAAGCAGAUAGCGCCUCAGGAAGUAAGAUGAUGGAGAGGUUAUUCAUCAGUGAGGAUGAUACCUCGAAAGAGACCUGUGAAAUGAGACCAGAAGCCAUUUCUUCAUCGCAUGAUGAAUCCUUGCAAUUAAAAGCAUGCAUAACAGGAACGCUGGAUGGCAAUGCUAAUCCAGCUCCAGAGCACCAACUGCCAAAAAUGUCUCACCAAACUCUGGAUUCAUUGUCAUCAGCUGCUGACAAAAGUGAAGGAAAAAUCGAGAUGAUUGAAAGCAAAGUUCAGGCACAUUUAAGAGGAGAUUUACAUACCGACACUUUUGCAUACACUGAUGUCUCAGUAGAUUCCACAAAAAGCCAAUAUUCACACCAAAAAGGAGUUGGUGAAUUGUCAGAAAAGAAUUAUAGCACUGAUACAGAGAAGGAGAAAAGAGUCAUCGAAAUCGCAGACUUAGCACUAAUCGGAGAGGAAGAAGCACCCAGGCCUUUCAAGCCUCACAGAAAACAUGCCUUCAGCGCAUCGUUCCUGUCAGAUGAAGACAACAAACACAGAGCCAGGCCUGCACAAGCAGGACCUGGGGCUUACUUGCCAGAGGAUGAAAGCAGAGCUGAAGAUGCUCAGGAACACAGAGGAUUCACAAGGUUAAAAGACAGAGGAAAGACAGAGAAUGGAAAUAAAGGAGGACUGAUAGGGACAGAAAGUGAAGAAAACACCACUGGACAGGCAUGGAAGCGAGCAGAUAGUGGGGUGCGGUGGGCAGCAGGGGGUGAUGCAAGGGGUCAGAGUUCUUGUACAAAAGAGUCAUUUAUCUGCCAAGAGGCAGAGAGUCGUGAAAAGUCUUCUGUCUCUGAGCACGAUAUUAAAGGGAAAGCAGAGGCAGGUAUGGCUUACAUAAUUAAAACAACAUCAGAAAGUGCUCCAGAAAAAAUGUCUGCCAGUGAAAAAGCAGUAAUUGCUAAGCUACCUCAAGAGAUUGCACUAAGUGACAGGCCCACAGAGGAAAAGGAAACAGCGUUUGAUACACAUGAAGGGAGAAAUGAUGGUUCACAUGCUCUUUGUCAACUCAACACAGUGGGUGUAUUAUAUGACACCGAAUUUGAAAAGGAAUCAGUUUUAGAUAUUUAUAAUGCACGCGUACAUGAAACACUGCAAGGAGAAACGAUGUCUGUAUGCAAUAGCGGGGAAAAACGUGCCAAAGCAAAACCAGACAUCGGAGAUAUUCCGCCUGCAGAAGGAGCUGUGAAGGCUUCUUCUGCAGGAAAGAAAGAAGGCUUGGGGCAGGGUUUACAUUCAGAGGAAGUAUCUAAAUAUUCCCAAAGUGCCCAGAAGCAUCGCUACAGUGAGGAAUUGGCAGAGCUCUAUAGUGAAGAGAGCUACCUUGGAACACCUUCCUAUCUGCAUGUCAAAGCUCAAACAAAAACAUCAACUUCUGGUACAAACACUAUGCCCAGUUACCACUAUAAAAGCCCUCCACUGGCUUCUUCUGCAGCAGACACGGACCAUCCAUAUAUUCACUCUGAAUUCAAAGUCAUUGAAAAGGUUGCCGAGUCAGGAUAUGAUUUAAGUCUGCCAAAUGAAAUGAAACAUAUUAGUAAAAGCCUCUUUCCUGAAGCUGAAAGAAAAGAAGUACCUUCCACUUCAGACACAACUGUUGCUAGAGAAGGAAGAGGAAGCAGUAUAGGUCAAUGUUUCCAUCAAGCAGAGUUCAAGCAAGAGAAAUCAUUGAGGCCAGAAAUUUCAAUUAGUAAGGCUACCAAAGAAGUUGCUGGGAGAGGCUCUGAUUCCCACCAUUUAAUAACUGAGGGGAAAACACUAAGUUGGCUUGAUGACUCACAGAAUGAAAAACAGAACGUUUCUCAUUCUGCAGAUAUGUCUGACCAGAAGAGUGAAGAACAGAUGCUGUCUAGUGAGUCUCCAAGUUUAAAACAGAUUGGUUGCAAAAUCUUUUGUUUCUUCUUCUUUCUUGUGUUUGCUGCAACACUUUACCACUAUGAUUUGAUGGUUUGUCUUGCACUCUACCUGUUCUCCUUGUACUGGCUCUACUGGGAAGGAAGAGGAAGCAAAGAGUCUGUCAAGAAGGAUUAACAUUAUUUGAUUAUCAAUCGUGCUCAAGAUCCAUGGCCAAUAGUUUCCAACCCCUCCAAAGCAUUUCCACUGUUAAAGAGAUUAUUCAUUGUUAGAACCAAAACAAAGUUUCUACUGAAGCAUCUUUUUAAAAAGAUUACAUAUGAAGCUGAGUCUUCAUAUACGUAAUUAUACUAUAGGACCAUCAUGUUUGGAUCAUUAAAUACCUAUAUGAAUAUGAGAUCUGAAGCACGUCAAGUUAAAAUGAAGUACAGCUGUUGCUCUUUAGCACACUAUGAAGAGGCAAUGCUUCAUAUCUCUUUAGCACUUAAAAACACCAUUUUGUUGCAUUAAUUUCUUUUGCAGUAAAGCUUCAUAUUUUUCAGAGAGUUUUUUUUAAAGAUUUUGUGUAGUAUGUAACAACACAGGGAAAGGUGUAAUAACUAACUCAGUAUUUUGGUACUGAUACUGCAGUUGAUAAUUUGCUAGUGUUAUUAGUCAACACUCUAAGCAGUAUGACAUCUGAUGAUAGGUUAAUUUUGUUUGUCCCAAAGUUUUAUUUCGUUGUUUUGACUUAGUGCUACAGUGAUACUCCUGUUUGGAAAAUGUAAGGUUAGACUCCAGUUGCAUCAUAUAGCUUUCUGGAUGUAGCUGUGUAGAUGAACAGACAUGCUGUUUCCACCCUGUGGCUGAAGAGAUUGAAGGCCACAGCCACAGGCUUCUUACUGGUCAUGCACUUCCACAAACACUUUUGUUUUAUUUGUAAAUGAAGAUUAUGUAACAUGGUAAUCACUUCAUUGAACUGAGUGUUAUCCCAGACAAAAGCUUUGAAUUACAUUUUUUUUUCACCAGUGUUGCUUGAGCGUAUCUAAAAAGCAUUGAAUAAAUUUUACAAAGGAGUGGUAUGACUGUGUUGAGCAUGUCUGAAUUAGGCUUAUUACUUUUUUUCUAUGGCUUGUUACCUAGUGCUAAUCACAUACCAAUAGAAAACACAGGGCAGGUGGGGCAGAAAAGUCUAAUGUCUGCCCUAAGAAGAGCCCAUGGAGACCUAGUGCAGCAGGCAUUUUGCAGAGCAGGAAUGAUGGAGGCUCCACUGCUACAGCAGUCCUGAUCUAUCAUGUAGGGUCAUGCCCAAAGUUUUUCCAAGAUGAAAAGAGAUGGAUAGGUUAUGUUGCAGUACAGCAAUUUUUCAGAUAAUGGCCACAAAUGCCAUCGUAGGCAGUAUACUAAAAGAAGCACCAAGACUACAUAAUGUUACUAAAUCCCUAGAAUUUAAGAAGGAAAGGUAUUUUAAGCUACACUUGUUUCCCUCUCCUCAUCUCAGUACUGCCAGUAUGGAAUACCACACUGAUUGUGAAAGACUUGUUUGCAAGGUAUGGCUGAAGCUCCAUAAUAGUCCAGUCAUUUGGUUGUUAGCUCAGAUCUGAAAUAAAUGGUUUAAAACUAAGUUAUAUGUUUCAGAGUGCUAGGAGACUCUGCUACAGGGAGUACCUUGGAGCUCUGUGGGAAUCGUGCACUCAGUGGGAGUGAGCAAAUGUGGGGGAUCUGUUGCUGAUGAGCACGCUGACAGCUGUAUAACCCUGACAACUUUUGACAGCAUCCAUAAAUGAGUUUUAGUGAUGGGCUGGAGGUACUUUGGAAGGACACAGAAGGCUGCAAUACUAGUCGGGAUCUUCAAAGGUACAUAGGAGCUAAAUGUUCAUUGAGAUAAUAAAUUAAUUCAGUAGGCAUUAGGAGAUAGGUCCAAAUGAAGUUUGGGUUUGGAAUUAAAUCAAGAUUGAGGCUGAGUCUGUGUAGUUCCGGAAUCAUAGAAUGGCAUGAGUUGGAAGGGAGUUCAAGGAUCAUCAAGUUCCAACUCCCGAGUCUAUAAUGAUCUCAAACUCUUCUUUACCUGGAGACCACAAACACUGAAAGAACCUAGCCUUUUUAUGGCACACAUAGGCACUUUCUUAAAAGAACAUGACAUUCCUUUACUGUUGGCAGUUUGCCCUCUACAAUUUGACAGAUCCCUGGUCUAAGUGGUUCAACAUUUAAGCCUCUCUGGUUUAGAGAACUCCAGCACUACGUAGGUGGCUCUAAAGUAAUGCCUCCUACAUGUUUCCAUGGAAACUACAAUGGGUAUACAAAGGGCACAAUAACAUCAUUUGAUAGAACAAAUUCUUAGCUACAGAAUACUAUUUUUCCACAAAGUCAGCACCUCUGGCUAUGCAUUUUCACCAGCAAUGAACAAGAGCCUGCAUGCUGUGCUCAUAAAAAUCUGUGCCAGUGGAGGUGACCCACUGUUGCUGUCACCACUGCUGCAGCUCAUCACCCACCACCUCAAUGUGCUCACAUCCAUUGUUUGGUCUCCAGAAAUGUUCAGAAAGCAUCAAUGAAUGUCAACGGAUGUCAUUUUUUCCACAUGGAGGAAUUCAGUAACCCAUUUUUGCUUCAUACACACUUCCAUGUCAGACACCAUUCUAUCAGACUUUUCCCUCUGCUACCAUCUGUCGUGCAGCAACAAAAUGUAAAGGAGCAUUGGCAGGAAGGUGCAACUUCUACUGCCAUACCACCAACAUCUGCCUCUAAUACUAUGGGACAACAUAACAAAUUAGGAGGCAUUUCUUUCAGAGCAGCCCUCAUAGUUCACUUCCUGGUACAGUGGGGGCUCUCAAGUAGCAUCUGAUAUAUUCUGACAGGACAAAGAUCCUUACAGAGCUAAAAAGGUGAAGAAAGCACUCUGCACCUGUCCUGAUGUAAUUGCUACUGUUUACUGGCCUCAUGGCCAGAGAGAACAAGAACACAAGACAUUGUACUGUAAUAGUUAAAAUAAUCUGACCAGAAAAAAAAGUUUAGAUAGAACUCCCUGGUCAAAAACUUUCUUAUUGUAAUUUAAAUUAUAUCUUUUUAAAGAAAAAUGCAGAAAACUCAGAGUGAGGAUCAAAUCUCAGGUUUUCAGCCUUUUAGAAAAAUGCACUGUCUACUAAAUUGUAGGAUUCAAAUUCAGGUUUGAGUAUCUUCAGUUUUAUUGACCUUGGGCAUUCCAUCCAGUAGGACGUACUUUGACAAUCAGACUACUAUUGUUUUCAGAAGGAAUUUGGUCCCCAGGGCUUGGAAAUACCUGAAUGCAUUGAUGGGCCCUCAUUUUUUUCAACUGAGUUAACUGAGAGUGGUUCACUACUCAAAUUUUUUGCUGCUUGACUCUCCAUUUAAGGCUAGAGACUUUUAUUUGCAGCCCAAAUCCAAAGAGUUUUCUUCUCUCUGACCUUUGGUCCUAUGUUUGAGAUCUGAUUUUUAGAGAAAUCUAAAUCAGAUCUAGUCCAAAUGCUUAAACAUCUGACAGAGCUAAAUAACUGAAAACCCUGAACACAAGCCUUAUUGGAAGCAUAGCUAAUCAGCCCAGCCGUUGUGGAAGUAGCCAAGUCUGCUUGUGGUUUUUGAUUGAAUCUUGGGGAAUCCAUACAGUUCAAAAAGUACAUACAUUAGGAAAAUUUGUGCUCUUUGCUUGUUGGACCUGGGAGCCAGGAUACCCUGGAGCUACAGGAACUUUUCUGUUCUGGCACUUUGUUUGAAAUAUGCAAGCUGAAAGUGGCUUCUCUCAUUUACUUCAAUCCAAAAUGGUUGUUUGUUAAAGAUUCAGCUCAACUGAUAGGACAACAAUAAUGUACAGGGAUAAUCGAUAUGCCCAGGACUACAGCUAGAUAAAAGUAAUUCGACUGAAUCAGUCUCUGGAGAACAGCAUAAAAAUGUUAUGGAGAGCCCAGGACCAAUUAUGGCCUGCGUAAAUAGAGAAGAUCUAUUAGUAUAGUCAUUCUUUAAAAAUUAGUGGGAUUCUACAGUGUAUAAUAAUAUAUUUAAACCAGUUGCUAAAUUUUAGCUAAAGUUUACUUGAGUUACUUCCAUUUCUAUAAAACUUAGCUCAAAAUAUUUUUAUUCAUGUCUGCCAUUUUAGCACAUACAGUCAUUCAGAAUUGGAAUUUAGGGUAAAUAUUUGAAUGUUAGAAUAAGCAUAUUUCACCUACAUACAAGUGGUUUAUUGUUAGCAUUUCUCAGAUUUGGAAUGGGAUUUUUAUGUUCUAUAUUUAAGAUAUUUAGUCAUCGUAUCGUACUUUAUGAUUGCAAAACAGGACUCUAGACUGAUCUCUGAACACAGGUGCCUGAACUUUUAAGUUCUCAUGUACUUAAAACAGCAAAGCAAGUAAUUUUAUCUUUUUUAUUUAUCAUUUGAUAAGGUAUCUUUUAAAAAAUCCUCUUACUUUUGUUUGUAGUAUAAAAACAACACCUUCAUAUUCUCAAAAUAUUCAAUUCUUACUUAUUUCAAGGAAGAAAUGAUGUGUUGAUGUUUUGCAGUGAUUCAUAUUUAGCUGCCUACUGGGUCUUAGGAAUAUAGUUAGUAGUUUUAUCUCUACUAGUUCCUAGUUUUUUCUUCAAGCUGCCCUACAGAAAGAAGAUAUGAUCCCAUGUGUCAGGCCAAUGGCCAUGAAAGGUUCAACUCUUAUAAAAUAUAGAGAUUAAGAAUAAUAUAUAGUGGAAAAAGGCUUACUUGCGUUGCUACAGGUAUAUGAGAUAACUGUUUCCCAUACCAUGAGAGGUAUGUCCCAUUACUAUUAUCUGAAUUAUACAUAUAACAAAUUAAUUUUCAUAUUACAGCAUCUAUAAUCUAUUGAAUUCACUUAAAUAGAAAUCUGGGGCAGCAGGGAGAGGAGUGGGAAGAAGGUCUAUACCCAGGUACCUUGCUAGGAGAUAGUGAGAACAAACUACAUCAUUAGUUCCCAAAAUAUUUGAUGUUGUUAAUUGCUUUCUUUUUCUUAUCCAUCAGUGACUUUUAUUGUGACACUAGAUAGGCUGUAGAAAUAAGCUGUAAGCUUCCAGAGGUCCGUGUAAUAUUGAAAAUGAGAAACAAGGCGUGCAGAAUCUUAACUAAAUCAGUAAAGAAAGGUUAAUACAAUAUUAUUCUGUGUUUGUACUCAUUUCUUUGGUACCUGAGUGGCAUCUACACAGCUGAAUUAAGCACAUAAGCUCUCUAGUCAUCAGAUCCACAAAUAAGAAUCAAAAUAGACAUUGUGUUGAAUAGGGAGCAGCCAAAGGUACCUAACAGGAAACCCUGAUGGUGGAGUUGGCUCUUAUACCCUUGCCCCAUCAGGGGGAUUAGAUACUUAGGCUGGGUUGCAGGGAAAUAUUUUUAUCAGAUCAGAUUUCAUAUUCUGCAGCCCUCUUGUGCAGUGAAGUACCUAAGUCAUUACUUUCAUAAGCAGAACACUGCAGAAAACAAUCUCAGAGUUUUGGGACUGGAGAAAAGUUUAACCUCUUAAAGCAAGCACUGGAACGUUUGUCUAAGUGGGAACAUCUGGAUAAAGUCCCUGUUCCAAGACCAGUUUGAGCAUUUUUAUGUGAAAUUCUAAUCAGAUCAAGUACAAUACUGACAUGGGGAUUUUUCUAUCUCCUCAGUCAGGUCACCUUCUUCCUUAGUUUAUAAAAUCCCUCUUCCUGGCCUACACUACUGUCUUGAGAAUCAGCACUGAAGUGUAGUUCUAGCCAUGAAGGUAUUAUAGGUAAAGGGAUAACAUCACCAAUGGAUAAACCCACUGUACUCUUUGAAGAGCUUGGUCUUGUACUUGCACUCUAUGAUCAGGCCCCUCUUGACUAAACGUGGUUGGGAUUGCUCAGUUGAGUUACACAGUCUGGACAAAGGAACUGAACUGGUAAAAUACAUAAAUGUCUCAAAAGAUAGGUGGAAUUUCUGGAUUUCACCCACACUGUAGCACAGGCUUGAGUCUUCAACUUCAUGUAACUAUAUCCUUUUGUAGAGCUCUUCUCAGCUCUCUAAAACUUGCAGUUCUUCUAAGAGCACCUUCUGAGAGCAAAGGAGACCAUGGAGAUACGUAGCAAGGGGACUUGUGAUGCUCUGUUGAACUAGGAGAUCUUGAUCCUGCUGAGGAUUCAGAAAUGAGGUGGUAAUCCAAAGCUUUGAACUUCUUUGGGUUGGGAGAGAUUUUUAGACCAAAAUUAAAAACUCAGAUGUCUGGGUGAAGACAAUAUUGGUGAAAGAGAGUGAGUAGACUAAAGGGAACUGGUAGUUUCUGUGUUUUGAACAGGCAUGAAUUAAGUGAGUUGAAUCAUUUAAUGAGUGAAGUAUGUAUGACUUAAUAAUACAUACAAGACGUGUGCAUAUGUGUGUAAGUGAUGCAAGUACAAAUGGGCAGGAAGAUGAGAAGGAGAAUUCAUGGGUGAGUGAAGAAGAAAUAAUAAACAGAAUGGCUAAUUGGAAAGUUUCUGAACAGCUUUGUCUAAAAACAUGAGAGUUUAAUACGUUCUGAGUAGGUUAGGCAGAUAAAUACGGUAUUACCUAUACCAUAGCUAAUUAAAGUAGUAAAAAUGAAAGUAUAAGCUAACUUCUUUUAGUAACUGCUAUCAAUUACUACUUAAUCCAUUACUGCAGAGAAUAUCUUGUCCUUGACCGUAAUAUUCAGUGAUUUCAGAUCAGAGCAUGGCUCUGAUGACCAGAACCAAAGACUCAUUCUCAGCAUGCUAUAGCCCUUCAUUUACUCAGCUCAGUCCUCAGUGGCAGGAAGCUAUGGGUGUUGGCAGUGAACAAGGAACGUGUAAUACACAUCAGGGUAUAGAUAUCAGUGAGAAAAUUCAAAAAUGUUUGUAAGUAACUAAGCUCUUGUACUCCCUGUGUGGCCUCAUACAGCUCAAAACUAUGAGUUUAUUGUUUUGGCUAAAGAAGGACAUUCAGAUUUCCAGGGACCAUAGCACACAAGUGUGCCUUUGCAUAUCCUUUUCUGUGUGACGGAAGGGAAAUUAUAGGAUGUAUAAUCUCAUACACUGGUUGUAUUUACUCAGAAAUUUCUUCUCCUUUUCACCAGGGGAAUCUUUCAGGGGCUGAGCAUGCCAACCACUUGUUCUCCUGGCACUGCCUUCUCCAAGGGAAGACACAAAAAUGCUUCAUACCUCCAUACUUCCCCUCUUUCUCUGAAGUGAGAAUGAGAACUACCAAGGGAUAGAUAGUGAAGGAGUCAGCUUAAUAAUUAAGGUCCCCUUAUUAGGAAGGAGUGCCUCCCUGUUCCCAGGGCAAUCAGGGACAAUUAGAAGCAGCCCAAACUCUUUAAAUACAGCAACAAUGAUCUGUUUGGGGAAAAGUCCUGGUCAAACUCCUCAAGAGCUUCUUAUUUCUUCAUCCAAGCUAUAUGCUUUUCUGUUCCCUCGUCUGGCAUGGGUGAGUUGAGAUCCACCACUGACAGGUGACAAGACUAGGAGGAUGCUGGUGUACGUUUCUUGCCCUCCUAAUUACUCCAGGCUGCUCAGGGGAAGAAGGAAGAAGGAAAACAAUAGAGAGGAAGCAAACAAGCACAUCUGCAUUACUCCACAGAGGUUCAGAAAGAGGAGAAUUAUCUUCUGAGUUUGGUUGAGCUUUGUGAUCAACAUGCCAUUAUUCUCAAAGACAUGCUGCACUCCAGAAAAGGGCACAAACCCAGACAGUGUCUUUUCAUUUUCCCCUCCACUAUACCAGUAAUAACCAAAGCAUCAGUAAUAGAAAGCCAAUUGAUCACAGUUGUGUUCCUGGGAGAAAAAGCAAUGCCUCUGUUAGCCUUGCAGGCAAAGAGGGCAGGCUGCUGCAAAUGCAGAGCAUUUGGACAGAGUGGCUGGGACGUGCUAACUGCCUGCUUUGCUGGGAUGUUUCAUGGACACCCACUCAUGUGACCAUUACCAAUCAUUUAAGGCACCUAUGUCCUGGAGCACAGAUGCUUGCCCUCAGUCUUAUGCUAAUGUGUAUGGUAAAUUGCAAGUACAUGGUAAUGCACUGUUUUAUUCAUUACAUGAUAUGUAAUUUGGUAUAAAGAAACAUUUAAAAAAGCUGUUCAUUGUCUUGAAAUUGUCAAACAUUGCGAGACAUAAAGUGCAAGAAACUCAACACUAGAAACUGCUGCUGCGACCUUUUAGACUAACUGAUCUGGAUAGACUUACACCUGUAGCUGUACAUCAUCUUUUAGCAUGGACAUAUCAAGUGAGAAGCAAACAUAAUAUUUUUCAAAAAGUGUGUUGUUUGAAAUAGCAAAAAGCAAUAGCAUGUCCUGCCAUGGAAUAAAUAUACUUUCUUUUUACUUCUACAAAAGCAAAGAACUUAUAAAGUCAAUAAACACUGAUUAUAAAUUAAA